AUGGAUUCUUCACGGCCCAUGGUCACGGCCGAGAUACCGCCGUUGACUUACAGCGCGCGGUCUAUCAUCGCGACAACUGCGGUGUCGUUCUUUCUGGCAUUGCUGUGGAUUGGGUUUCGCAUUUGGGCGCGUUACUUACGAAGGCUCACACCUUUCCUAUUGGAAGAUAUUUUCGCCUAUAUCGCUCUGCUAGCGCACUUUGGCUACACCGUUAAUAGCAUUUACAUGGCCGUUCGCGGCGGUCUUGGCUACCAUAUCGAACAGUUGCAGCCAUUCCAGAUCGAGAUAUUCUCCAAAACAACCUUCAUUGCGCAGUUAUUGUAUGCUGUCUCACUAGGCUUUAUUAAACUCAGUAUCGCAAGAACCUUUCAACGGAUCUUUCUCACCCGCAGCUUCAGAAUCGCAGCUUAUGUUGCGAUGGGCCUAACUGUUGCCUGGGUCUUACAAACCAUUUUCAUCGGCGCUUUGAUAUGUCAACCGGUAUCGCUGAACUGGGAUCCAAAGGCUCGAGGACACUGUGGCGACGAGAAGGCGGCGUUUACCUCGGUUUCAGCCGUAGAUAUCGUGACUGAUAUAUAUCUUCUGCUGCUCCCAGUCAGACCGUUAUACCAUCUACAAAUCGGCAGGACCCAGAAGAUCUAUCUUGCGUUAAUAUUCAGUGGCGCCUUCCUCACGGUGGCUGUGACAGCUAUCAGGGUCUGGGAAGUGUACGCUGUCGACUAUGACGACCUGAGCUAUUCAAUAAUAACAACCCUGUAUUUAACGAUCAUACAGCCCGGAGUUGGCAUGAUGGUUGCUUGCAGUCCGCACUUGAAACCAAUCCUGGACCUUUUCAGCAGCAGUAGCAAAUCUCGGAAAACCAAAUCCCCUGACUACUCGUCGGAAUCGGGCAUGGUUACUAUUGGUUCGAAGUCCACUGGUGCCAAGUCGAGCAAGCGUUACUUGCUAUGGUCGACAAAUUCCGGGUUCGACCGGAUCGCAGAGGAGCAGGAUCAGAGGGCCAUCGAACUCGGUAACACGGGGGAACACGAAGCGCAUGCCAUUGCACACGAUGGAAAUCGAUCAGACACGGGCCUGGUGCAAGCGGCGGGUGAUAAAGGGAUCGCAGUUAUGAAGGAGACUAUCGUGUCUUCAUCUACAUGA